AUGAAACUCAUUGAUGGAGGAUCACAAGUAGUAGACGAUAUUACAUUUGGUUAUAAGUUCAAUGUAUAUGAAUUAGAUCGAAUCCUUUAUCUUCAGGAUCCAAAAGACCAAUGCAUCUAUGAUGUAUUUGUUGAUACUGGUAUUCGAACUGGAACUGAUGUAUUGAAAGCAUUAGCAUUAGGUGCACGAGCGAUUUUUAUUGGUAGACCGAUUUUAUAUGGAUUGGCCCGUGGAGGACAUCAUGGAGUUAAAAGAGUUUUGGAGAUAUUAAAACGUGAAUUAACUUAUGAUAUGGCUUAUUGUGGAUUAACAUCAAUCGAUCAAAUAAAUAAAAAUAUUCUUUAUAAACAUGGUUAA